GUAAUUCUGGUUUUAGUCAAGGUCCACCCACACAUAUAUAUAUUGAAGUGCUCAUAUGAAUCGGAAUGUAGUUCAGCAUCACUUUAUCCUGAAGAGACUGAUGAAAAGAGUCCACAAUCUACAUUCAUUCACAGGUGCAAGAAGUAAAGUUUGCCACUAUGAGGUUUCUAAUCUUAUUGUAUGUGUCGCUAUUGCUGAUGACUAAUGUUGGCGGGACACAAACAACUGCAACACCAAGGAUAACUACACAAGAGACAUCCAUCUCAGGAUUCAAAGACAUCAGAUUGGUGAAUGGUGGCAACUUGUGUUCUGGAAGAGUGGAGGUUCUUUAUAAUGGAGUUUGGGGGACCGUCUGUGAUGAUUAUUGGGAUCUAUCAGAUGCCUCAGUGGUUUGUCAACAGCUGGGAUGUGGUUAUGCUACAGAGGCAAAGAGCAAUGCUUAUUUUGGUCAAGGAUCAGGACAAAUAUGGAUGGAUGAUGUACAGUGUGCAGGAGAUGAAACUACACUGACAGACUGUUCAUCAUCACCAAGAGGAACUCACAACUGUGGACAUAAUGAAGAUGCUGGAGUCAUCUGCCAAAUUGGCUGGGCACAAACAACUACAGCACCAACUACAGCUCCACAAGAGAUAUUAAACACAUCCAUCUCCGGAUUCAAAGACAUCAGAUUGGUGAAUGGUGGCAACUUGUGUUCUGGAAGAGUGGAGGUUCUUUAUAAUGGAGUUUGGGGGACCGUCUGUGAUGAUUAUUGGGAUCUAUUAGAUGCCUCAGUGGUUUGUCAACAGCUGGGAUGUGGUUAUGCUACAGAGGCAAAGAGCAAUGCUUAUUUUGGUCAAGGAUCAGGACAAAUAUGGAUGGAUGAUGUACAGUGUGCAGGAGAUGAAACUACACUGACAAACUGUUCAUCAUCACCAAGAGGAAUUCACAACUGUGGACAUAAUGAAGAUGCUGGAGUCAUCUGCAAAUUUGGCUGGACACAAACAACUACAGCACCAACUACAGGUAUUGGGCAGAUAUUGAACACAUCCACUGCCGGAUUCAAAGGUAAAGAAGACAUCAGAUUGGUGAAUGGUGGCAACUUGUGUUCUGGAAGAGUGGAGGUUCUUUAUAAUGGAGUUUGGGGGACCGUCUGUGAUGAUGGUUGGGAUCUAUCAGAUGCUGCAGUGGUUUGUCGACAGCUGGGAUGUGGUAAUGCUACAGAGGCAAAGAGCAAUGCUUAUUUUGGUCAAGGAUCAGGACAAAUAUGGAUGGAUGAUGUACAGUGUACAGGGAAUGAAACUAAAUUGACAAACUGUACAGCAACACCAAGAGGAACUCACAACUGUGUUCACGGUGAAGAUGCUGGAGUCAUCUGUCAAUUUGGCACGACACAAACAACUGCAACACCAAGGAUAGCUACACCAGAGAUAUCGAACACAUCCAUCUCAGGAAUUUCAGACAUCAGAUUGGUGAAUGGUGGCAACUUGUGUUCUGGAAGAGUGGAGGUUCUUUAUAAUGGAGUUUGGGGGACCGUCUGUGAUGAUUUUUGGGAUCUAUCAGAUGCUGCAGUGGUUUGUCGAGAGCUGGGCUGUGGUGUUGCUACAGAGGCAAAGAGCAAUGCUUAUUUUGGUCAAGGAUCAGGACAAAUAUGGAUGGAUGAUGUACAGUGUACAGGGAAUGAAACUACACUGACAAACUGUACAGCAACACCAAGAGGAAUUCACAACUGUGGACAUAAUGAAGAUGCUGGAGUCAUCUGCCUAUUUGGCAGGACACAAACAACGGCAACACCAAGUACAUCUACACCAGAAAUAUUAAACACAACCAUCUCAGAAUUCAAAGACAUCAGAUUGGUGAAUGGUGGCAACUUGUGUUCUGGAAGAGUGGAGGUUCUUUAUAAUGGAGUUUGGGGGACCGUCUGUGAUGAUUAUUGGGAUCUAUCAGAUGCUGCAGUGGUUUGUCGACAGCUGGGCUGUGGUAAUGCUACAGAGGCAACAAGCAAUGCUUAUUUUGGUCAAGGAUCAGGACAAAUAUGGAUGGAUGAUGUACAGUGUACAGGGAAUGAAACUACACUGACAAACUGUUCAUCAACACCAAGAGGAACUCACAACUGUGGACACCAUGAAGAUGCUGGAGUCAUCUGUCAAUUUGUCAGGUCACAAACAACUGCAACACCAAGUACAUCUACACAAGAGAUAUCAAACACAUCCAUUUCAGGAUUCAAAGACAUCAGAUUGGUGAAUGGUGGCAACUUGUGUUCUGGAAGAGUGGAGGUUCUUUAUAAUGGAGUUUGGGGGACCGUCUGUGAUGAUUUUUGGGAUCUAUCAGAUGCUGCAGUGGUUUGUCGACAGCUGGGCUGUGGUAAUGCUACAGAGGCAACAAGCAAUGCUUAUUUUGGUCAAGGAUCAGGACAAAUAUGGAUGGAUGAUGUACAGUGUACAGGGAAUGAAACUACAUUGACAAACUGUUCAUCAACACCAAGAGGAACUCACAACUGUGGACACCAUGAAGAUGCUGGAGUCAUCUGCCAAUUUGGCAGGACACAAACAACUGCAACACCAAGUACAUCUACACCAGAGAUAUUGAACACAACCAUCUCAGGAUUCAAAGACAUCAGAUUGGUGAAUGGUGGCAACUUGUGUUCUGGAAGAGUGGAGGUUCUUUAUAAUGGAGUUUGGGGAACUGUCUGUGAUGAUGGUUGGGAUCUAUCCGAUGCUGCAGUGGUUUGUCGACAGCUGGGCUGUGGUAAUGCUACAGAGGCAAAGAGCAAUGCUUAUUUUGGUGAAGGAUCAGGACAAAUAUGGAUGGAUGAUGUACAAUGUACAGGAGACGAAACUACACUGACAAACUGUUCAUCAACACCAAGAGGAACUCACAACUGUGGACACCAUGAAGAUGCUGGAGUCAUCUGUCAAUUUGGCAGGACACAAACAACUACAACAUCAAGUACAUCUACACCAGAGGUAUUUAACAUAACCAUCUCAGGAUUCAAAGACAUCAGAUUGGUGAAUGGUGGCAACUUGUGUUCUGGAAGAGUGGAGAUUCUUUAUAAUGGAGUUUGGGGAACUGUCUGUGAUGAUGGUUGGGAUCUAUCAGAUGCUGCAGUGGUUUGUCGACAGCUGGGCUGUGGUGUUGCUACAGAGGCAAAGAGCAAUGCUUAUUUUGGUCAAGGAUCAGGACAAAUAUGGAUGGAUGAUGUACAGUGUACAGGAAAUGAAACUACAUUGACAAACUGUUCAUCAAGACCAAUAGGAACUCACGACUGUGGACACCAUGAAGAUGCUGGAGUCAUCUGUCAAUUUGGCUGGACAACUCCAGCACAAAGUACAGUUGUUAGAGAUUCCUGCUCUGAACUCAACUGUACUAAGGAUGAGUGGUGUGGAGAACAGAAUGGUGUUUACGGGUGUUUCUGUAACGGAGAUCACCCCACAUACGACCCUGACACUUUUGAUGUAUAUGAGACGUGUGAAAGCAGUUCUGCGUUCGUGUCUUUGUCGCGCUGUCAGCUCUUUGAAGCUGGUUUUCCUGCUGAUCUCUUACACCUGAAUGAUCCCAGCUGUAAAGGAACUGUCCGAAAUGGCAGAGUGGAAUUCGGUUUUGAUAACAAUGAACACAUUUGUGGUACAAGUCUUAUGGCCAAUGGUACUCACUUCAUCUAUGAAAACUUUAUUCGCGGUGAGCCAGACUUAACAUCCCAUGAAGGUCCAAUCAGCAGACAGAGAAUUCUGAGCUUGCAUUUCAGCUGUAUUUACCAACAAACCCAAUCGGUUUCCAUGGACAUGCACCCUUUGGGGAGUAUCGUAAACAGAAAUCUUGAAGGUCAAGGAACGUAUCAGGUCAGGAUGGUUCCAUAUCUGGAUGCUGAAUUCUCCAAACCCUUCAAUGGAAGUGUUGAUGUGGUGGUGGAUGAGAAGAUUUUUGUUGAAGUUGGUGUUGAUGGAGUUGACAGUCAUCAGUUUGUCUCAGUGAUUGACGGAUGUUGGGCUACACCUGUGAAUGAUCCUCUGUCAUCUCUUCGCUGGGAUCUCAUCACUGGAGGGUGUCCAAAUCCACAUGACAACACAGUCGAGCUUUUGCAGAAUGGCAACUCUACAUCCAGCCGUUUCUCCUUCAGGAUGUUCGUCUUUACUGCAGACUCCAAUAAAGUUUACCUGCACUGUAACAUUCAUCUUUGUCUUUUGAGCCAAAACGACUGCUCAUCGCAUUGUAACCCUGGACAUCAAGCGAGACGGCGCAGAUCUGUGAACUUUCAUGACACUGCCUCCAUAUCUAUGGGUCCACUGGUUUGGUCUAAAGGAAACUCAGAGGUUAGAGGUCUCCAAUGAUCCCCCAAGACAGUCCCGUGUCUAUGUGACUCCUUGAUGUCUAAAAACAAAAUCGAAUUUUCAUAAUCUUUAUUACGUUUUUCUGUUCUCUACAGUACUAUAAUAAUAAAUAACUGAUGUUAUACUUUGGUGUGCAAAGGGAGAUUUAGUAAUCAUAAUUCUUCAUAAUCAUAAAUCGAUAGGCUGACACGACUUGUGCAAAAUGGUCAAUGUAAAAAUUAUUAUUUGUUUUAUGAUCUUAUGGUA